GGAUGGGUUAGUGGUGCUAAAAGAUGGGCAGGGAGUCUGCAAGGGGAAUUCGUGAACAAUCUGAGAGGCGGGGUGAGGAAAGACUUCGAGAAAUAAAGGGGCCUAGACCACUCCUCCCUCGUUCCGGCGCGAGGUUAGGGGAGGGGGGGCGCAGCUGACUCGAAAGCAACGAGAGCAGAAACACCUGCUGACGUAGGGCUUUCGUCAGAUUGAAGUGGCCUAGUGCGGCCUUUUGAAGAAGAGAACUGGGGAUUCUUGUGUGGAUAUUUAUGAACCACCGAAGCGCCCUCCUGGCUGUGUGCACCACCACGUGGAGAGAAAGUGUGCAAAGAGGAAUGAAAAGCAGCAGGUUGACUUACCAGGUCAUACCAAGCAGAUGAAUCCAGCAAAUCAUUCCCACGUGACUGGUUUUGUACUACUAGGGCUCUCUCAGGUAUGGGAGCUUCGGCUCCUCUUCUUCAUUGUUUUCUCUGUUGUGUAUCUCAUGUCUGUAACUGGAAAUCUACUCAUUGUGGCUAUAGUGACCUCUGACCCACGCUUACAUACAACCAUGUACUUUCUCUUAGGCAAUCUUUCUUUCUUAGACUUUUGCUAUUCUUCCAUUACUGCACCUAGGAUGCUGGCUGACUUACUCUCAGGAAACCCCAUAAUUUCCUUUGGUAGCUGCCUGACUCAGCUCUUCUUUUUCCACUUCAUUGGAGGGAUCAAGAUCUUUCUGCUGACUGUCAUGGCAUAUGACCGCUAUGUUGCCAUUUCCCAGCCUCUGCGCUACAUGCUGAUUAUGAAUCGGACGGUCUGUGGGCUUUUCAUGGCAGGCUCCUGGGUGGGGGGCUUCAUCCACUCCAUUGUACAGAUUGGACUGACUGUGCAGCUGCCAUUCUGUGGACCUGACAAGCUGGACAACUUUUACUGCGAUGUGCCCCAGCUGAUUAAAUUGGCCUGCACAGAUACCUUUGUUUUAGAGCUUCUGAUGGUGUCGAACAAUGGUCUGGUGACCCUGAUGUGUUUCCUGGUGCUGCUGGGGUCAUACACAGCACUGCUAGUCAUGCUCCGAAGCCACUCACGGGAGGGCCGCAGCAAAGCCCUAUUUACCUGUGCCUCCCAUCUUUCUGUGGUAACCUUAAUCUUCGUGCCUUGCAUCUACAUCUAUGCAAGGCCAUUUCGGACCUUCCCCAUGGACAAGGCAGUCUCUGUGCUGUACACAAUGGUCACUCCCAUGCUGAACCCUGCCAUCUAUACCCUGAGAAACAAGGAAGUCAUUAUGGCCAUGAAGAAGUUGUGGAGGAGACAAAAGGAUGUUCUUGUUCCCCUGGAGCACUGACCCUAGAUUAGCAGAAGCAGGACAUGAGAAUCUUGGAGCUGCUUCAGUGUACAACCUAUUUCACAGGACUCACAA